CAAGCUAGGCUGCAGAGAAGAGGACAGGCAGCUGAGCAAAAAGAAGACCAUCCGGUCCUGUGCCUCAUUCCUCUCCAUUUACCCUGUUCCUUUGCUUCUCUUCACUCUCCGCACUUUCUCCUUCUGGUGUAGCUGCACCAGCUAAAUGGGAGAGAGAACAUUAAAACAGCCUCUGGGCCAGCAGAGGCCAGCAAUUUCUUACUCUCAGCUUCCUGCAAUGUGAACACAGGAGCACAGCCAAUCAUGGUUUCUCCGGGUGCUUUCCUGCCUUUCUCUUCAGUCUGGAAAAGGAUUGGGUAGGAGGGAAAUAGGAGUCAUUGAGCCCUCAGCCUGAUCUGUAAUCUCCCUGCUCCUGGUGGCCUCAUGAUGACCAAAAGAUUAAACAGGGUGAUGUACCUAGCUGGUCACAUAACCCCCCAUUACUCCUGUACCUCUGGAAAUAGAUUACAUCAGUUAAUCCUUUGCUGAUUUGGCAAACUAUCUCACAGUGUAGUAGUUUCAAACAUAAACCAUGUAGAUGCUCCAGACUCUAUGGGUCAGCAGAGCAGUCUAUGGGUCUGAGCCACCUCUUGUAAUCUCCGCUCCUGCCCAUGCAUCUGUGGUAACCUGUAGUUCAGGGUGUAACCCAAUAAUCUCCAUCGCCUUGUGGACAUGGGUGUAGGUAACAGGCUCUUGGGUAGGCUGUCCGGGUGGUCACAAUAACUGGUCUGGUGGUUAUCAUUAUGUAGUUGUCUUGGUGCCACAGUGCAUAAGAGCUUUGGAGUCUUUGCUUACAUCAGGCUUUCUACUGCUUUAUCACUCAAAGCAAGUCACAUGGCUCUUGGGUUGCAUUUUAAUGGGAAGAGUUGCAAAAUCCACAUCUUAAAGGGGCACACUACAGGGAGGGGGAUGAUUUAGGGCUGAAUUUGCAAUCUACACAGUGGACUGUGUCCUAAACACUCUCAACAUUGGCAAGUUGUGGCAGCACUGAAGAUGCCAUAAUAACCUUUUUCAGUUCACCUGCCAUGAAUUUCCUAUUCCUCUUCCCUUUGGCUGACUAACCACUGCCCUCAGGAAAUCCCUAAAGGAUCUGCCACUGUAAUGUCAGUUAAAUGCUGAUGCAGGGGACUUUGGAGAACAUGGCGGACAGAUAGCAGCAGCUACGGAGGCUCUCUGGAAGACCCAGCUUAGAAUUCAGGAAUAGUGCGGAGUAAGGAAUCAUAAGCAAGAGGAGAUAUGCCCUGCUGACCCAAGAAUGAACUGGGCUGAGAGAAACCAACUGGGAACGCAAUCCUGGUGCUAUAACAAGAACAGAAAAGCCUCAGUGUGGAAGCUGGAGCCUGCGCCAUUGGAAGCCGUGAUUUGGAUUUCCUGACGCCGCUGCUGCAUCUGCAUCAGCUCGGCAGGGAGAGAGAGAUGCAUGAAAGCUCUGAGAACGGGAAUCGGUAAACAGAGUUGAAAGCAGGAUGGGCAGGGAGCUGUGCAUCGACCUACAGUGAGUGAGAGAAACUGGGACUCUUCCACUGUCUAGGAGACUCCAACAGAGGACAUUCUGGGAACAGGCAGACUUGCGGGAACAGGGCGCUGUAGUGACUUCAGUCAAAUAUCGCCCUCUCAAGCAGGAUUGGUGAGCAGUGCCUAGCACAUGUGACACUGCUAGCUGAGACCCAGUAGGCUAGCACAACCCAGGUCCUAGCGCUUGAAGGUGGGUUGACCUGGAGGGGCAGGCCCUGCAUAGGCUGCCUGGUCUGCAACUUCCUGGUGUGCUGCAGUGGGUGGAAACACCUAGCCAGCACAAUUCAAUCAGACUGUGUCUGACAGGGAAGGAAGCUGGGCCUCCUAUAUAUGCUUGCAUAUAUAAGGAACAAAGAAUAUGGGAAGAGGGAGCAACAAGAAAGGCUCCUUGGCCCCCAAUCCUGAGAAAGAGGCAAUAGCAGACACAGUACCAAUAGAUAUAAAGCGCUAUCUCCAGAGCCUCAUAGACGAGUUCAGGAAUGAAGUUAUUAAUGACCUGAAGCUAGACAUAGGCAGAAUAGUUAGAGAAAUGCUAAGUACUACCCAAGAAAAAACAGAUGGUGGAAUGGAAGAACAGAAAAAGAGGGGAGAAUUGUUUGAUGGAGAAAACAGAGAAAGCAUAGAAUACGUGAAACAGGUUCAAAGAGAUUACCAGGAAACUAAAAACUCUAUCAAAAACUGGCAUAACAGCUUGAAAAAAACUAAGGACAGAUUAUCUGAACUGGAGGGCAGAUUUGUAAUAUGUGAGCAUGAAAUGAAAAACUUCUUAAAAAUAACAAAGAAAGAAACAGCAAUAAUACAAAGACUAGAAGAUGAUAAGAGGAUCUAUAACUUAAGAAUUAAGAACAUAAAAGAAGAAGUAGGGAUACAAACAAAUGAACUACAAAAGCUACUCACAGAAAUAAUCCAGGAGAAUUUUCCUAAUUUAGCAAAAGUUAAAGAUACUCAGUUGUAUGAAGCAUACAGGACCCCAGCCACCUACAACCCAAACAGAGCUACACCUAGGCAUAUAAUAAUCAAAAUUCCAGAAAUCCAAUACAAGAACAGAAUAUUAAAAGCCAUCAGAGACAAGAAACAGAUCACUUACAAGGGAACACCCAUCAGAAUUACAGCAGACUUCUUGCACAAGCCAUCAAAUCAUGAAGAGCGUGGGGGGAAAUAAUUCAAGCUUUGAAAGAUAAUAACCUCCAGCCAAGAUUGAUAUAUCCCGCAAAACUAUCCCUGGAAAUUGAUGGAAAAACAAGGUGCUUCCAGGAUAAAGAGGAACUAGGGGAAUAUGCAACCACCAAUUCAACUCUCAGAGAAUACUGCAGUAUAUUCUAAAAAAGAAAACUACAAAGAAUCCAGAAAUAGUGGCAGAGAGGCCACAACGAAUGGAGCAGGAAACAAAAUGAAAAAGACAAACUGACAACUAAUGACAGAAAAAGAGCUCAACAGAAAUGAGGCAGAGAAGAUUGGGUGAUAGGAACAGCUAUUUUGGAGAAAAUGAUGUCAUAAUAGGGUCUGGAAAUCAAGACUGCAGAAAUUCUCAACUGAGAAUUGUCUUACUGGGAAAAACUGGAGCAGGAAAAAGUGCAACAGGCAAUAGCAUUCUUGGAGAGAAAGCAUUUUCUUCUGGUAUUGCAUCCAAGUCCAUUACCAAGGCCUGUCAGAAAAGCAUAUGCACAUGGAAUGAAAGAGAGAUUGUGGUUGUGGACACACCUGGUAUUUUUGAUACCGAGGCCCAGGACGUUGACACACGCAGGGAGAUUGCCCGCUGCAUCCAGCUGACUUCCCCUGGGCCUCAUGCUCUGGUCCUGGUGGUCCCUCUUGGCCGUUACACUGAGGAAGAGAGCAAAGCCACGGAGAAGAUCCUGAAUAUGUUUGGAUGCAGGGCCAGAAGAUUCACGAUUCUCUUAUUCACUAGGAAAGAUGAUUUGGAAGGCAUAGAUCUCGGGGAUUACAUCAUGGAUGCUCCAGAACGUGUCCAAAACCUGAUAGACAGGUUUGAUGGUCGCUACUGUGCUUUCAACAACAGGGCAAUGGGAUCUGAGCAGGAGGACCAGAGAAACCAGCUGCUGACCCUGGUCCAGCGCAUCGUGAGGGAAAACCAUGGGGAAUGCUACACCAGUGAGCUGUACCAAAGGACUGAGGAGCAGAUUCAGAAGCAAAUCCAUUUGGUGCAGGAACAGUGCAGAGCAGAGCUGGAGAGAGUGAGAGCACAGCUAAGGGAGGAGUACGAAGAGAAGAUCAGAGAUCUGGAAGAUAAGCUGGAGCAGGAGAGGAGAAAGGCACAAAUGGAGAAGGAAAUUGCAAGGAGAGAGAGUCUCUGUAUUCAUAGGCAGCAAAAUGCCAGAAUGGAAGUUGAGAGCCAGACUUCCAUAAUUGAAUUUAUCAUUCAAACAUGGAACUUUGUUUCCCUUUGGAUUUCUCUGUUUAAAGAUUAGACUCAGUGCAAAUUUGUCUGUAUUUUCUGCUUGUUUGUAAAUGAAUCUGUCUCGUGGGCCUCAUUCACCAAAGUCCUUCUGCUAUAGUUAGUUUCUCAAGGCUUUCAUGACUACACAGUGUAACAAGUGGUAUUCUUGGUCAUUAGUAAAUGUUUGAUUGACUCGGCAGGAGAACACAUUCUCAAUUUGUGAAAUUUCAAAGCAGAACGAAUUGGUGCUAGCUAACUGUGAGUUCUUCUGGGGAGACACAGAGAAAGGAAUGUAAUAGGCCAGAGAAGAGGACCCCAAGCCUUCUUCAGUAGUUCCCUGUAAAAGUUUUCCUCUAUAUUCUUUCUAGAUUGGUAGGGAUUACUUCUGCUCAUAUAUCUUUGCCUUUAAAGAUAAAAAUAAACAUCUAAAUCCA